UCUCUUCCAAUCUACAACGUAAUACCAAUCACAUGUCCUCGCGAUGUGAGCACAGGGAGAGGAAGGCUGCCCUCGCUCUCUGCAAGUGCCUCUAGCCCCUUCCUCUGCAACUGCUCCAUCCUCACUCCUCUCCACAUUCCAGAAAAAGAAAAACCAACAAUAAACAAGAACAAAAAAAAACCCAAUCUUUAUAGCCUGUCGAACGACAAUACCCAGAAAGAUUUUCCCCUGAAAAGUUCAAGAAUCGUUUCCCGACGGAAAACGCCCAGAUCCCAUUUCCAAGCUCGUCGGUCGUGACCCUUUUCUGGGAUUCCUCGUAAGCCCACGAACGUUCCUCAGCUCGAAUAUCCUUCGGUCCUUUUGAUUUGGGAUCGUGUUUUGUUGUGACGCAGAUUUCUGGGUUGUUGCUGUUGUUUUGUUCGUUCGGGAUCGUGUUUGGCGUAUUGGGGCAAAUUUGGGAGGACCGGAAAAUUCCAGGAUGUCCGUUUUGUCGAAAAGCGAUUCGGUUCUGAUUAGGGAUGUCUGGGAUUACAAUCUGGAAGACGAGUUUUCGUUGAUUCGCGAGAUCGUAGAUGAUUAUCCCUACAUUGCUAUGGACACCGAGUUCCCCGGGAUGGUUCUUCGCCCGGUGGGGAAUUUCAAGAGCAGCUCCGAGUAUAAUUACCAGACCCUUAAGGCCAAUGUUGAUCUUUUGCAGCUAAUUCAGUUGGGCCUCACCUUCGCAGAUGAGAAGGGGAAUCUCCCGACCUGCGGAACCGAUAAAUACUACGUGUGGCAAUUCAAUUUCCGCGAGUUUAAUUUAAAUGAGGAUGUUUAUGCUCAUGACUCGAUUGACUUGUUGUCUCAAAGUGGGAUCAACUUCAAGAAGAACAACGAGGCGGGCGUCGAUGCUAACCGCUUCAGCGAGCUAUUGAUGUCGUCUGGAAUAGUGUUGAAUGAUUGUGUUCACUGGGUCACAUUCCACAGCGGGUAUGACUUCGGAUACUUGCUUAAGGUGUUGACCUGCCAGAGUCUGCCGAGUACACAGUCCGGGUUCUUUGAUCUGAUUAAGAUGUACUUCCCCGUGCUCUACGAUAUCAAGCAUCUGAUGAAGUUUUGCAAUAGCCUUCAUGGGGGUUUGAAUAAGGUUGCUGAGUUGUUGGAAGUGGAACGGGUUGGUGUAUGUCAUCAAGCAGGUUCUGAUAGUUUGCUCACUUGCUGUACUUUCAUGAAACUGAAGGAGAAUUUCUUUAGUGGCUCUCCCGAGAAGUAUGCUGGGGUUUUGUAUGGUCUUGGUGUUGAGAAUGGACAGAAUGGUUACUAAGAUGAGGAAAAAAAAGUAUUCGAAAUAAAAAUUUAAAAUAUAAAUUUGUCUGCCA